AUGGAAGAAUCCAAAAACUAUGAAGAGUUGCAACGCCUGCAAUACCUAUACGAACAGGGCGAGCCAGUAGACGAGGAUUUAAUGUACGAACUCGAACUCUUGACGCGCCAUCGAAUGGGGGACUCUUUGACAAAUGACGAACAAGAUGAUCUGAAACUGAUAUGCAAAGAACGAGGUUAUGAUUACAAUGAUUAUGUUUCUCAACAACAGCAACAACAACGAGAACGAGAACGACAAGAAGAGCAACAAGAUCAAGAAGCGGAAGCGGAAGAGGAGCAUGGCAACCAAUUACCCAAUGUGGAAGAAUACAAGGCACAAAUGGGAUACAAAUCAUCAUCAUCAUCAUCGUCGUCGUCAAAAAUGGGAUUGCCAAAGAUCUUGCAAUCCUUGCGACUGCCCAAAAAACAAGACCCAUUUCCAAAACGAAUGGAUCCAGAUGGUCAUUACUUUGAUGUACAGCAAGACGAUGAUUAUGAGGAAGACGAAGAAGUUAUAGAUUUUGCACAAGAGGAGAAGAAUGAUGGUCAGGGCAAUACGACGACGGAUGGCAUCUUUGCUCCUGUACUCGAAGAAUUCACAAUCGAUGAGGAAUAUUUGCAAGAACAUUGCCAAACACGAAGAAAGCGACAAUUGGUAGCCACACCCAAAAUUGGGAUAUCUAGCUCAUGGCCCUUUGCCAAGGCAAUUGCCCUGGUCAUUAUCUCCGCUGUCAUUGUCGUUUCUCUCAUUUUUGCCUAUGUUCCCAACCAAUCCAGCAAGGAAUAUCAUUGGAUGCACGGUGAGACAGACGAGUAUCUUGCCAUUCAAGACUUUGUGACGAAGCAACGGGGGAUUUCUCAUACCGACGUUUUUGACGAUACCAAUUCGCCUCAGUACUUGGCAGCCCAAUGGAUGGCCCAUGGUGACCACGACAUGGCAUAUCCAGUCCCCACUACUGCCGACCCAACCUUUGAAGAUCGUUACGUCAUGGCCGUCCUCUACUUUUCCUUGGGAGGCCCGCAAUGGGAAAAUCAAGUGGGCUUUUUGAGUGACGGACAUAUUUGUACCUGGUUUGAGGAAUUCAAAGUCGGCAACGAAGAGUACGAAGAAGAUACAGUAGUCUAUGGAUUGAAUGGUUGCAACGAGAGCGAAAUGACCAACAAUCCAGACAGUUAUUUCCCCUAUAUUUUGUCAUUGCCCUCUAAUGGACUGAUUGGUACAAUUCCCCAUGAAGUGCAGGCCUUGUAUCGAUUGCAGGUGUUGAAUUUGGAGUACAAUGGUGGUAUCAAAGGCACUUUGCCACCUGGCUUGUGGAAAAUGGAAUCCUUAGGGCAACUCAUACUACAAUGGUGCAACCUUAAGGGUACGAUCCCUACUUGGAUCGGCGAAUUGACCAACCUAUCCUACCUCGGACUGGGAAACAACCAAUUGACAGGGCAAGUGCCAGCAGAAAUUCAAAAGUUGACCAAUUUGCAGUUGCUUGGAUUGGACAACAACAACUUGGAUGGGAUUCUGGACCAGUUUGCGCCGCUGAUCAAUUUAAAGUCGCUUUAUUUGGAUCACAAUUACAUAUCGGGGACUCUUACAGACAGCAUCAUGGCCAGCUGGCCACAACUGCAAGAAUUGGACUUGUCGGAUUCUCUGUUGAUGGGGUCCUUGCCGGGCAAUCUCUUUACAGCCUCGGACGACUUGCGAGUGAUCGACCUCCACGCCAAUCUAGUGCAAGGUCCUCUCCCACCCAUUCCACAGUUCAAUGAAAAGCUAGAAUUCUUGGCACUGCACGAAAAUCAGCUCAGUGGCUUUAUUCCCGAGAGCCUGACCAAUUUGAGGAAUGUACAUCAUUUGGAUCUCAGCAUCAACGCAUUCACUUCAACCAUACCGGAAAAACUUGCCGAGCUUACCAAUUUAAGCUACCUUCAUAUCGGAAUCAACAAUUUUGCACAGGGAACCGUUCCCAAGUUCUUGAUCGAGUUGACAAAUCUACGCGAAUUAGGUUUGAAGAGAGCGAAUUUGCAAGGUACAAUCCCAGAAUACAUUCAAUACCUUUCUAAUCUGCAGUUUCUUGAUUUUCAUGACAAUGCUCUAACCGGAACCCUUCCCAAGGGAUUUGGCCAAUUGACGGAAAUUCGGCACUUGAUAUUGAAGCAAAAUCAAUUGAGCGGCACGAUACCGGAUGAGUUUUCGAGAUUGACCGAUCUGGAACUCCUGUUAAUGGAACAGAAUAAUUUUGACGGAGACGCGCAAAUCAUUUGCAAUUCGGACGAUAUCCUGGUGGAUACCUUUGUGGCCGAUUGUUAUACUGGUUUUGGCAGCGCUGCGGGAGACCGUGCCACGGAUGAAUUUGGCAACUUUACUUGCAGUUGCUGCUCGACGUGUUGUUCAAGAGAUGAUCCCAACUGCAACGAUUGGGAAUGGAGGGGAAACUUGGAUCCUGUUUGGGAGUAUGGAUUUCGACGACAGCGGUAUUCGUACAACUUGGGUCCUGUGAUAUGGACGCCCUAA